GGCUCCCUAGGAUCGUGUUGUGGAUCUUGCCAAGCCUGCCGUUCCGGGCAGAUGCGCUUUUGGCUCCCACGGCCUGGUCGGAGCCCGCGAGCCACGGGUCAAUCACGGUAGAAGGCUGUCUGAGCAGAGAGCGGCCAGUUUGUGGCCCAUACUGAACCCCACGUAAGAGUAAGCAACGUCGUAUAACCCCCUUUUGAAGCGCGUCGCGAUAGCGUUAGCAACGUCGACUUUGUAAACUAGAGAGCGGCGUCGUUACGACGAGUGUCGGUGGCGUGUUAAAUCAUGCAGCGGGGAGGCCAGCGCGGUCGAGGGGGUCCAAGCCGGGGCCAAGGCCGGGGCCCAGCCCGGGGAAGAGGACGUGAACGAGAUGACGAGAAUCGGGAGACAUCGUUUGCUCAGUCAAUGCAGCAAAGACGGGCUGAUGAACAACACAGGCAAGCAGAAGAGCAGCGACAUGCCGAAGCGCAGCGCAAGCAGGCUAAGGAGCAGCAAACGCAGCAGCAAACGCAGCAGCAUCAACAAAAGGCACAACGUGGAGGCGGUGCCCAGAGGGGACGGGCUAAGCAAGCGUCUGCUCCUGCAGCUGUCCAAUUGGCAGAACCAGCGGGUGCUGCGGCUGCCGGUGAGCCUCUCGACAUGGGGGCUGUGAAGAAGGCACUGCCGCCCGAGACUGCUGUCGUUCGAAGGCGAACGCCAUUCCCACAGCGGCCGGAACACGGAAACUUGGGCAAGCGGAUCAAUCUGUUUGCAAACCAUUUCAAGAUCGAUCUGCCACACGGCGAGGUCUACCACUACGACGUCGCUAUUAUCUCUCCUUCCAAGAAGGAAGAAGCAAAGGCACCCGAUCAAAAGAAGCUUCGGUGCCUUAGCACACGAAUUAACCGGCUAGUCAUACAGAACCUCGUCAAUAGAUAUAGGGGAGAGCUGAACCGAUGUCUUCCAGCCUUUGACGGGCGGAAAAACCUUUACACGCGCAGACGCCUGCCGUUCAAUGAGCGAACGUUCAUGGUUCCUUUCCAGGAAGAUGAUCGCGAGCAGCAGUUUGCAGUUACGAUUCAGUAUGCAGCCACGGUGAACCUGGAUGCACUACAUGCAGUCUACGAAGGGACUGUGCGCGUCGUGCCUCAAGAGGUGAUACAAGCGCUUGACAUAAUCAUGAGGCACGGACCUUGCGUGACUCUCACACCUGUGGGACGGUCCAUGUUCAUGCCGCCGAAUCAGAAUGACGACUGCUCGCUCGGCGGUGGCCACGAGGUGUGGUUUGGCUACUACACUAGUGUGCGACCCGCUCAGUGGAAGCCGAUGCUGAAUGUUGACCGUUCUGCCACAACGUUCUACGAGAACAUCUCUGUGCUGGAGUUCGUGGGCAAGAUGGUUAACGAAAGACCUGAUGCCCUUAAGCAACUCUCCGCAUCGCAGUGCCUAAAACUUUCUAAAGAAUUGAAGGAUCUGAAAGUGCGUGUUAUGCACUUACCUUAUCCUCGCAAGUACAAAGUCGCGAAAGUGACCCACCUCGCUGCAAAUCAGCUGAAGUUUGAACUGGACGGCGGCGUGUUAACCACUGUGGCAGAGUACUUUCGCCAGAAAUACCCGAACUUCAUGCGCUACCCGCACCUGCCCUGCAUCCAGGCCGGCACUGCGUCCCGCCCAGUCUACCUGCCACUUGAGGCCUGUCACAUUGUGGAAGGCCAGCCGUACAAAAAGAAACUAAGUGAAACCAUGACGGCAGAGAUGAUAAAGCGCACUGCACAGCCGCCGGUGCAGAGGUUCCGGGCUAUCAAGAACUCCGUGAAGGACCUUGUCAACAGGAGCAAGCCAUUUCUUGACGAAUUUGGCAUUGUGGUUAACACCGAGCCGACACAGCUCCAAGGGAGGGUGCUCAACCCACCGAUGCUCGUGUUUGGAGGCCAGCAGACACAGCGUCCCAAGGACGGCGUGUGGGACCUGCGUAACAGUAGGCUUCUGUCUGCCAUGCCCAUUGACAAGUGGGCCCUGCUGGGAGUCAACUGCCGCCUAGAUAGGCAGGCAGUCGGCAACAUGGUACACAUGUUCAAGGACGUCGGCGGGAGACUUGGCAUGGCGGUGAAGGACCCCCUCGAAGUGAACAGCGUUUACGCGGACCGAACACCCAUAGUGAAAGUUUUAGAAGACCUCAAAAAGAGGCUAAACGUGGACCUUGUUGUCGUCGUGCUCGGGCGCCAGGCGUCCUACGCGGACAUUAAGGAGGCGGCCGAGGUGAAGUUGGGCAUUCGCACGCAAUGCAUUAAGGAGCUGAAUAUGGUACGCAAGUGCAAUGCUCCACUCAUCACCAACCUCUGCUUGAAGAUCAAUGCCAAGCUCGGUGGCACCAACAAUGGCCUUCUUGCUGCAGAAAAGCCAGACAUUUUCAAGCAACCGGUCAUUAUCAUAGGGGCUGAUGUGACACACCCGGCACCAGGUGAUAGGGUGAAGCCAUCCAUCGCUGCCUGUGUCGGGAGCAUGGACGCCAUCCCGGCACGGUACAGGGCCUCCAUUCGAGUGCAGAUUCAAAUGGAAGAGGCGGUUGCCCGUGUCGAAAUUAUUGAAGACCUGAAGGAAAUGGUCAAGGACCUGCUCAAGGCCUUCUACCACGAGUUGCGGCAAAAGCCCAUGCGCAUCAUCUUCUACCGGGACGGGGUCAGUGAAGGCCAGUUCGCCGCCGUGCGCGACGAGGAACUGUCCGCCAUUCGGAAAGCCUGUCUGGAGCUCAGCCCCGACGGCUCAUACAAGCCCCCGGUCACUUUCAUUGUGGUGCAAAAGCGCCACCACACCCGUUUCCAGCCAGUCAACUCUGAGGAGGGCGUGGGCCGUGCCAAGAACAUCCCUCCGGGCACUACUGUUGACACCGUAGUCACUCAUCCCGUCGAUUUCGAUUUCUUUCUCUGCAGCCACGCUGGUAUACAGGGCACAAGCAAGCCCGCUCAUUACUACGUCGUCCACGACGACUCGAAUUUUACUUCGAACGACCUCCAAAAAUUGAGUUACUACUUGUGCCACACGUACGCUCGUUGCGCUCGCAGCGUGAGCAUUCCCGCACCUGUCUACUAUGCUCACCUGGCCGCAUUCCGUGCUAAAGAGCACAUUGCUAGCGCCUGCAACAUCUCCAGUGGGAGCAGCGUUAGCUCCAGUGGAUCAGAUUCGGUUACCACUGAUCAGUACGUCAACGCAGUCAGAGUGACAGAAGCAAUGCAGAAGAACAUGUACUUCGUGUAAGUUCUUUGUAAACUGCGAGCUGCUUUUAUGUGACAUUUUAAUGCUCAAUAAAUAAUCUUACACAUAC